GUAGUGUGUGCCAUAAUCCAGCUCUUCAUUUAUUUAUCAAGUUUAGAACUUUAUCAAGUUUGGACAUUCUCGGAUUUUCAUGGAGUUUGGACUUUGCUCGAAGCUAGACGUCUUGGUGGAAAGUGGUUUUUAAUCAUUUAAUGAUCAACCCCAAAUUGUGCGCAGUAAUACCAUAACUUGCACGACGCAGUAGUUUGCCUUGGAACCUACUUGAUCACUGUGGACUGCAACUCUCCCUGUACAACAUGGACUCAGUUCGAUCGGAUCGCAAAGUCAACUUCUCCCCCUCACCGCCCCCAUCCCGGACCAGCCACCCGCCCUCCUCCCUCUCCCGCCUGCUGAAACGCAUUAUCUAUUACACCCUCCUCCUCCACCGCAUCCUCACCGAUUAUCUCUCCACCCUGCUCUUCCGCGUCUACUACACGCUCUUCCACCCCCGUCGCCGCCUCCCAGCCCCUCCUUCCUCCCUGCUUCUGGAGAGCGCUACCUUCCUAGCGCAGAAGAUCCGCGCCGGUGACAUCACCAGUGCGGAGCUGGUGAAUCUCUUCAUCCAGCGCAUUGAGGCGGUGAAUCCCGUACUGAAUGUGGUGGUGGCCGAGCGCUUCCAGGAGGCGCGACGGGAAGCACGGCUGGCGGAUCAGGCGCUGGCUAGUGGACUGCCGGAGCAUGGGGUGGAGCGGCAGCCCUUCCUGGGGGUGCCGUUUACGACCAAGGAGUGUAUCAGGGUGACGGGGCUGCCCAACACGUCGGGACUGUAUCUGCGGCAGGGGUUCGUGGCGACGGAGGAUGCGGAUGUGGUGCGCCUGAUGCGGCAAGCUGGCGCCAUUCCACUGGCUGUGACGAAUAUCAGUGAAAUCUGUAUGUGGUGGGAAUCCAGCAAUAAGAUCUACGGUCAAUCACGGAAUCCCUACAACACGCAGCGCAUCGUCGGAGGGUCAUCCGGCGGGGAAGCGGCGUUGCUGGCCGCGGCCGGGUCGCCCUUCGGCAUCGGUUCGGAUAUCGGCGGCAGCAUUCGGAUGCCGGCGUUUUUCAACGGGAUUUUCGGACACAAACCCACCUUCGGGAUCGUUCCCAAUCGGGGACAGUUCCCGGAUGUCUCCGGCAACCUCAGUAAAUUCUUAACCACCGGACCUAUGUGCCGCUUCGCUGAAGAUUUGGUGCCCAUGUUGAAGGUUUUAGCCGGCGAAAAAGCCGACCGACUGAACCUGGACAGCCCCGUGGACAUCUCCCGUCUGCGCGUCCACUUCGCCUCGGACGACGGGGGUUUCCCCCUGAUCUCCCCGGUGCAGCCGUCCAUCAAGACCGCGCUGCUCUCCGCCGUCCACCAUCUGUCCGACGUGUGUGGCGCCGAGCUGGUCUCCUCGCCGCAGAUCAGCGGCAGCAUGCGCCCUCUGCGUUUCUCCCUGGACAUCUGGUCGUCCAUGAUGUCGCAGGAGAAAUGCCAUUCCUUCGCCCAGGACAUGGCCAACCGCGAGGGGGAGGUCAAUGCGCCGCUGGAGCUGCUCAAAUGGCUCCUGGGACAGUCGCAGCACACCUUCCCGGCGGUGCUCUUGGGGGUGGUCGAAAUGGCUACGGCCCGGAUGGUUACGCGCCAGACACGAUUUGCCAAGAUGUGCGGGAUACUGGAGGCGGCGUUCGUGGAGAUGCUGGGCAGUGACGGGGUCUUUUUAUACCCCACCCAUCCCCGCACGGCGCCCUACCACCACCAACCGCUGACGAUGCCGUUCAACUUCGCCUACACGGCCAUCUUCAACGCGCUGGGUCUGCCCAGCUGCCACGUGCCCUUGGGACUGGACGCCGAGGGCCUGCCGUUGGGCGUGCAGGUGGUCAGUAACCACUACAACGAUCGCCUGUGUCUGGCGGUGGCCGCCGAGCUGGAGAAGGGCUUCGGCGGCUGGGUGUGUCCGUGAGAGUGGAGUUAUUUUCGAAGCAUUUAAACGGCGGUGAUUGCGGUGAAAAUGUGGUGUACUUGUUUGAUUUCUGCACUGAAUUAUUUAAAAAUGUUUCCGUAAUACUGUGACCUUUUUGACCGUGAUUCCUGAGGCGACGGUGGUAUUUAGAAGGGGCUGAGUUGAACUUAUUAUCCUUAUUAUCUGGUUAAUAUUAAUGUUGAUAUUAUUGUGAAUAUUUGUUUAAUAUUUUGUCUGAUGCAUAUAUUAUUAUAUUCUUGUAUUUGUACGUUUGACAGAUUAUUAUAUGAUCUCUGUUAAGAUCCAUACAGAUUGUAUUCCGUUGUGGUAUUCUGUUUAUUAAAUUGCUCCCGUA